AUGGCAAUGAUGAGAUCCGACUUGGGCAUUAUGAAGAUCCUUCGCUUGAAGAAGAGAGGCUGUUUUCUGCUGAAGCUUUUGUGUCUGGUUGUCUUGGUGUUAAUCUUUUGUGAAUUCUUAGUUUAUUAUGUGGUGAUAUUUCAGUGUCAUUGGCCAGAAGUUAAAAUAGAAGCUCACAGGAGCAGCAAACAGUCUUCGGCUUCUGUCUUGAAGGCCAUGUUUUUAUCUGAUACCCACCUGCUUGGUGAAAUCAAAGGGCAUUGGCUAGACAAAUUAAGAAGGGAAUGGCAAAUGGAGAGAGCCUUCCAAACUGCCUUGUCAUUACUGGAGCCAGAUAUUGUUUUCAUCCUAGGAGACGUCUUUGAUGAAGGAAAGUGGAGCUCCUCCCAGGCUUGGGCAGAUGAUGUCAGGCGGUUUCAGAAAAUGUUCCGACAUCCAGUUCGCACUGAGCUAAUGGUGGUUGUUGGCAACCAUGACAUUGGCUUUCACUACGAAAUGACCACUUACAAGUUAAAACGGUUUGCAAAAGUUUUCAACUUCACCUCAGGAAAGCUAAUAACCCGGAAGGGGGUAAAUUUUGUCAUGGUGAACAGUGUUGCCCUGGAAGGUGAUGGGUGCACUGUCUGCAGCAGGGCAGAGGCAAAGCUCAUGAAGCUUUCUCAUAAACUGAAUUGCUCCCAACAGCAGGAACAGAAUCAUUCCAACAAAAGGUGCAGUGGUGUGGAACAGCUUCCAGCUUCAGAACCAAUCCUUUUACAGCAUUACCCUCUUUACAGAAGAAGUGACGCUGAAUGUGCUGGAGAAGAUUCUGCUCUUCCAGAGGAAAAGAACAUCCCAUUUAAAGAAAAGUAUGAUGUACUUUCUAGAGAGGCUUCACAAAAGCUGUUAUGGUGGUUUCAUCCCCGUUUGAUUCUGAGUGGCCAUACCCACAGUGCAUGUGAAGUGUUGCAUAAUGGGAAGAUUCCAGAAAUCAGUGUCCCAUCAUUUAGUUGGAGGAACAGAAACAACCCUAGUUUCAUCAUGGGCAGCAUAACACCAACCGACUUCUCCCUCUACAAGUGUUUCCUUCCACUUGAGAGCAGAGUUGUUACUAUAUACUGUAUAGCAGGGGCUCUACUUGGGGUACUGAUACUAGCUCAUCUUCAACUUCUCAAUCCACCUUUUUAUUUUGCUCAGCACUUAAUCAGGAAGCAUAAAGCAGUAUGA